AUGACGUCCCGUCUCGCCUCUUCUCCUACCUCUCCUCGCCGGGCACUGCCCACCCUCCCUCUCCUUCCCAUCACCUUCCCUCGAUCCUCCUCAUCCACGCCAAACCCCGAGAUCGUGGGGAUCUCGGAGGAUGCGGCAACCGAGAAGCUCGACGGCGAGCAGAGCCGCGUCGAAGAAGCCCAAGCCGCUCAAGGCUCAACAUCUCUACCAGCAUCUUUGAAAGAUGCAAACACCACCGUCGCAGACCAGCCAGCCAUUCAGCCAAGUGCUGAAGAUGAUGUGUUUGGUGCUCAGAGCUCUGUUACAAACAGCAGCGUCCCCAUGAACACCGUCGCCCGCCGAAUCAUCAACAACCUGCGUACCCCUGCUGGGUACAACGGUUUCGCUCCGCGACCAGACCGUGUCAACCAAGUCCCGACCCCUGCGAAUGCGCAAGGUCUCUAUCCACCAACAGCAGCCAUUUUUGUCGCAAAUCUUUCCAAGUUCCGCUCUGAGGACCAGCUUGAAGUCUCAUGUCAUCAGACGUUUGACACCUAUGGCCCAAAUCACGUCAAGAUCCGACGUGACAAAAACCUGCAUCCGUUUGCCUUCAUCCAGUUCCAGAAAGACGAGGAUGCCAAUGCAGCUGUCUCUGGCGCAUAUGGUCUCAUCAUGGAUGGCAGAAAGAUUCGGAUCGAACAGGCGAGGGCAGAGCGCGCUGUGAUACUCAGCAAGACUGAUGGCACCAUGAUCACUGAAGCGGAAACUCGUGGACUCCUCGAACGCUAUGGAACUCUCGAGUCAGUCACGCCAACCACCAUGGCAAAUAAACGCCAUGGCGGCUCAGGAAACGGCAUGUAUGUCAAGUUCGCGUUCUACCUCGACUGCCGUGACGCUCUCAAGUUGUUUCAAAAUCACACCAAUGGCUACCAGCUUUACAUGGCGCCUUCUCUCGAACCACGCAUCCGCCCCGGACCUGACGGUGCCCCUGUUGUGACUGGCUUCGCAAACCCUCGCUCGUCAAUUGAUCAGAAGUCCAUUUACGUUGGAAACUUGCCAGAAGGAACAACUCGUGCUCAUCUUGAGGAGCUCUUUGCUGAGUUUGGCGUCAUUGUCCAAGUCAACAUCAUCAAGAAGACUUAUGAGAACGAUGCAGUGAACAUCUUCGCAUUCGUCGAAUUCGCCCAUGCUCACGAAGCCGACCGUGCUGCUAGUGCUGAACGUUAUUUGCAUGGCCUCAAACUCCGCGUUGAACAGAAGGAAUACUCUGCCCGUCGCCCCUCUGGCCGUCUCAUGGCUCCAAACAUGGGAGUUCAGCAACAGAACAACCGACCCAGACGCGAGUAUGGCAACCGCAACGCCAGCUACCAAAACAACAUGAACUACACUCCACAAGUCUACAACCGCGCCCAUGGUCAACAAGCCGUUGGCCCUCAUGGCAUGCCUGCGCAUCAGUUCACUCCACCUGCCACCAUCCAGUACAACCAUCAGGGCAUGCCACAGCCCAUGUACGGCACUCCGCAACAUCAAACUUCCGCCUAUGGCUUCGGCAACAUGACCCCUCCCAGCUACGGAAACAUGAACCACAUGCUGCCAGCAGGAAUCUUCUCCCCGACUCCGACUCACAACAUGGAUCAUAACCAGUACAACAAUGGCUUUGCUGCCGGUCCUGCCAAUGCUGCUCCUCAUCCUCCACAAUUCUACCAGUCCCCCAACGGCUACGUUGGACACUCCAUCCCGACCAUCCCAGAGACACAUGAAGAAGGACAGUACUAG